CCCAUCUCCCCUCUCUAUUCGACACGUCUCUUCAUCCCACUAUCUCGUAACACUUGGAAGUUAUGCCAAAAUCAAUCACGAGUGGUGUUGCGAAACUUUCGCUCGAGCAAUCGAAACGAACGAAAAAGAAGACAACUCGCGAAGAGCGUCGCCAGAAGCGCCUCUUGUACGAAGAAUGGGUGUAUGGAUAUCAUCUGAAGAACAAACACCUCCGCAUCGCCGCAGAGAAAUUCAACCUUCGCUGGCAAACACGUCCUGGACCCACCAUGAUUAAGCUGACAAAAUAUUUCGAACGAGCCUCAGGAGUCGACUUCAUGUUCUGUCCCGUACUCUAUCGAAAUAGACCCGGUCGCAUCCUUGCAUUCGUCAAAGACGAUGGUCGCAAAAGGCUAGAGAAGAACACAUAUUCGCACGAGGACAUGGAGAAGGUUCGCGAAAUCAUUGGGCUCCCACCUGGCACCAAGCCAAAGUGGUUUGACGUUUCGGGAGAGGGAAUAGACGGAGAACUUAGUAGCGAGGAUGAACAAUUUCCGGACACGGGCUUUCGACCCGACCAGUUGAAGCCAGUCAGUCUUAACCGUGACAUUCGGGAGAGUACCGAUAUACAGGAAGAGUAUGACCCGUCUGAUUUGGGCUUCGAUGACGUCUCAGAAAGUAAGUUGGACGAUACUUCUGAUGAAUAUCUCAGCUCGGAAGAAGAAUGAUUGCAUCUAUUGUAUCAUGUCAAGUACUUAACCGAAUUGAUCUAUCCGUCGUAGCGUAUAACAAGAAAAUAUGAGUAUAAAGUGGUUUAAAUU